AUGGGAGCACUGUUGGGACUUGUUAUAACCUACAGUGUUUCUCCUUGUUACCUAGACUAUUGUCGUAGGAAGUGUUCCAGAUCUCAUGAUGACCUUAAUGUCAACAUUGCAGCUCAGAGCAAAAGCCAUAUUACAGCACCUGUGCUCACUAAUAAUAACAUCACAGGCAAUGUUCAGAUCAUACAUAAUGCCACUGGUAUCACUGGGCAUCACCCAAACACCCAAACUGAGAGAACACAGACCUCAGUAAGGAGAUCAGUGCUUCUCACAUAUAAAGAGCAGAUAUGCAAUGAGUACCAGUAUGUGACAGAGUACAACUCUCUGCCUGGUGAGCAUGUGCUGCUGUCUGAUCGCUACAUACAACCUCUGAUUAUUCAGAACCAUAGAGAUCAGAAAGAGCGAGAAGAAGAGAUCUCCUCCAGAGGAGAGACUUUCCAGCAGGUCCUCGACUCCAGGAGCACUCAAGAAUCCAUUGGUCUAAACACUCUGUUCAACCCAGAUAGCUGUGGUGUCAGUCCUGGUGCUGUCAUAUUGCAGGGAAACUCUGGCAAUGGAAAAUCCUUCACUGUGCAGAAAAUGAUGUUGGACUGGGCAUCUGAUCUCUACAGAACCAAAUUUGAUAUUGUUUUCCACCUGAAGUGUAAAGAAAUAAACCACAUUUCUAGCAGCACGAGUUUGGUGGAGCUCCUGAGCUACAAUUGCUGUUUAACAUCAGAUCAGAUAUCCACGAUACUGCAGCAGUCACCAGAGAAAGUGCUCUUCCUUGUCGAUGGAUUUGAUGAACUUAAAAGCACAGAGGACAUUUAUCACAUGUCGCCACUCACAGAUCUGAAUCAGAAAGCCCCACCUGAGGUCACUCUUCGUGCCUUGUUAAGGGGACACAUCUUGCGAGAGUCAUGCCUUCUGGUCACCACCAGAUCUACAGCUAUUGACACCCUGAAGAGUGUGUUAAAGGAACCUCACAACUUCAUUGAGAUUAUUGGCUUCUCUGAGAAGGCGGUGGAGGAGUACUUCAAAAGGUUCUUCCAGGAUGACAGACUCUUCAGAAAAGGAUACGAGUAUGUCAGAGCAAAUGAAACUCUCCUCACGGCCUGCUCCAUCCCAGUUAUAUGCUGGAUCAUCUGCACGGUUAUCCGAGAGAGGUUUAGCGAUGACGCAGAUGUAUUGAGUGGACUGGAGACAACCACGUCCAUAUAUGUAGACUUCCUGUGCACUCUACUAGAUCAUCACUGCCAAGGUUUGGGUCAGUCCAUUCCCACCCUGGUGAAGAGUCUGGGUAAGCUGGCAGAGAAAGGGAUACUGGCACAGCAAGUCCUGUUUGAUGAGAACACAGUGUAUGAAACGGUUUCUGACCCUGCCGGCAGUCCGUUCUUGUGCAAGUUCCUCUUUAAGAAAAGAAUCCAGCAGGAGACAAUGUUCAGUUUCAUGCACCUCAGCUUUCAGGAGUUCUUCACUGCUCUGUACUAUCUCCUUCUUGAUGAAAAAGAGUCAAAAAAGAACCUCACUCAAAUAUUUUCCAUGAAAACUGACUUUCACGAUGUCUCUUAUGCAAUGCCACGUUUUCCAGCCAUCUUGCACUUCAUUUUUGGUCUGCUGAAUGAAGAUGUAAGACGCACACUUUGGAGGAGACAUGGUCUGUUAGUUAAAUCAAACAUACAUGACCUGAAGAAAUGGAUCUUUGAAUUUUUAAAGUUGCCUGAAUCUUAUUCUGAGAGGACACUUUUUAUUUUACACAGUCUGUACGAGCUCCAUGAAGCAGACUUUGUGAAAGAAGUUAUGGAAGCCUGGCCAUGCAUUAUAUUAUAUAAUAAUAGCCUAAGAAGAGGAGACUUUUGGGCCCUGCUGUACUGCGCUCAGUGCUGCCAGUGUAUUCAAAAACUGUAUAUUUUCUACUUAACAUCAGAACAGCUGGCUAUCAUUCGGCCUGUACUUCACAAAUUUCGCUUAACGUCUGCAAGCAGUGAUUACAUAUCAGACUCUGAUCUUGGGGUCAUGAUGCAAGUUUUCACAAAUGGACAGAACCUGAGCUCACAGAGUGUGAACAUCCAUAAUUUUAAUCUGGAAAUCAGCAACGAACUGUCCAGAUUGGAAAUAACCAGAAAACCUGAAGAUCCUAAAGACCUUGUGCAAAGAUUCAGCCUCUCUUUUCCACGCUCAAAGCUAAUCAGUGUUGAUUGGAUAAAAUUCUUUCAAAUGCUUGUGAAAUCGGGUAGAGAUGCAGUGCUGUUUCUUCUGCAUUCUUCGACAGCACAGAAGUUGGAUCUGAAUUUGACACGUCUGACAAAGGCUUGGGCUGAUUCUAUCCUCUCCUUCACCAGAGACUGUCCCAGUCUAACUGAAAUCAGCAUAGAAGCUGACUGGUUACUGAAAGAGGCCGACAGUGUUUUGCAGAAGUCACAGCCAAGGCCUGGCUGCACACUGACUUUCACAGGGUUCAGAUGCAACAAAUCAUCUGACCAGUGCACAGACCACGAGUAUCCUCAUAAACCAGCAGAUCUUAGCUGCAACCAGCGUGUGAAGAUUCAUCUAAACAAACAGGGUUUUUCUAUGGAGACAUUGCGAAAGCCUUUUUUUUUAAACUGAUGACUAGGAGUGUGCUGGAGAGAGAACGAAGGUCUCAUCUUUACAGUUUGUUCUUUGAAUAACAUAAAUGUAUUUGCCGAGAAAAUGGUGAACGGGUGUAUUUGUAUUUGCAUGUGAUUUUAUUUUAUUAUGCUUCAUCUUUGAAUUACAAAUGAGUUGAAUACAUUUAUUGUUCGGUAAUUUUUUACAUUUAUUGACUGGUUUCCAGAGAAUAUGCUCUUGUCUUUCACUUUAUUUGUUGAUCAAGUUUAAACAUUUUUUUUUUUCCCAAACAGAGAGAUUGUAUUUUUUGCUUUUUAUUUCUUAGUUACAUUGACAGCUCUAAUAUUUUUGCAAUGUGUUACAAGUCGAAAUGUUUUUGCUCUGUUGGUUUUGCUCCAUGUUGCCAAUAAUUCUUGCCUAAUCUAUGUUCUGUCUUAAUAGUCUGUGUAGAAGUUGUUUAUGGUUAUGGCUAGAGAUUUGACUUUCUAAUAAUGAUGUGAAGAGACAACUGCUCAGAACGGGACUGAUCAAGAGAGAAGAGGAGCAGUUACUGAUUCCCAAACCUAUAUGACAACUAUUAGUAUUGUAUGUAUUCUUUAGGGCUUCCAAAUUAACAUGUAAACUGAUAUUGUUAAAAUGCUUAACAGCAUUCAUUUUGCAUUCAGCAUUUGGUUAAUGAAUUUUGUACAUAAUUGGAUGGUUUCAGGGUGUCCAUGUUCAACACAUUUACAUAAAUGAGACAUACUAUAAACUUUUCAGGACUUUUCCCCUGUAUUUCAGAUUUGUACUGCUCACUCAUUUUAUUGUUUGCAAUUUAUCAAUGUGUCUGAAAAAACAUUUUUAUUGAAUGUAAAUUUUUCUGUAAAAAAUAAAAAUAAAACAAUUUAAAACAAAUUACUGCAUGAUUCUAAUUUGGAAUGGUAACUGAAAAAAUAUAAAACAAAACCAGU